AUGCUGUCCGUCUUCGGCCUCAUCAACUCUGCCGCCGUCUUUGAAUCUUACUUCUCCGAAAACCAGCUUGCGGACCACUCCCCUUCAGAGAUCGGCUGGAUCUUCAGUCUCUACCUUUUCAUCGUCUUCUUCGUCGGUAUUCAAGUCGGCCCAUUAUUUGACAACUAUGGUCCUCGGGGACUCGUCGUUGCUGGAGGCCUCUGCAUCUCGGCGAGUCUCUUGCUUCUGAGCCUGUGCAAAGAGUAUUAUCAGAUUCUUCUCGCCUACUCUAUCCUUGGUGGCCUUGGAGGUGCUCUCCUCAACUCUCCCUCAUAUGGAGCUAUUGCACACUUUUUUGACAGCCGCCGGGGAUUUGCUACCGGUGUUGCCGCCACUGCUGGCUCAAUCGGAGGAAUCGUGUACCCGAUACUCCUCCAGAAUCUCUUCCCGACACUAGGCUUCGCUCCCACCGCGAGAAUACUGGGCUUCAUCUUACUUGGGCUCACCAUCCCGGCAACUUUGUUCAUUCGAUCUCGACUUCCCAAAAGGGAUGGGCCCAUAUCAAUUUGGCCGGACUUUACCGUUUUUCGCAACCUGAAGUUUACCUUGUCGGCAGUUGGCAUCUUCUUCAUGGAGUGGGGUCUCUUCGUUCCCAUCACCUACAUCAUCUCCUAUGCCGCCAGUAUGCAAAGAAGCACAGUCCAUUCCUACACCAUUCUGUCGAUCCUCAACGCCGGCUCGGCUGUUGGGCGCUUCCUGCCCGGGCUUGCUGCUGACAAGUAUGGACGCUUCAACAUUAUUCUCAUCACUAUCGCACUCUGUUUCAUCACCGUCUUUGGCUUGUGGUUACCCUCGGGUCAGUCCCAACCCAUGCUUCUCGCUUUCGUCGCUCUCUUCGGUUUCGCCAGCGGGAGCAACCUAGGACUCGUCCCAGUGUGUCUCGGCCAGCUAUGUGACGCUCGGGACUACGGCAGGUACUUUUCUACAGCGAUGAUGAUGGCGAGCUUCGGGACGCUCAGCAGUCUGCCAAUUGCAGGAGCUAUUUUGGAGUCGUCGAAGGGAGGUCAAAAUUGGAAUGGCCUCAUCAUGUUUUCCGGGGCAUCAUAUGUUCUGGCCUUCAUCUGCUAUGCCUCUGUGAGAGUCAUGGCGGUGGGAUGGAAACUCACGGCAAAGUUCUAA